AUGCCGUCUUUACUCGCGUACUGGCCCAUCGCCGCCGGCAUCGCCGCCCUCUACUUUUUCCAGAAGAUUUGGAUCGAGUAUUCGCAUCGCCGGCGCGCGAGCGCCCUCGGGUGCGGGCCCGUGUACCGCCGCCAGGGCAAGCUCCCAUUCAGCGUCGACCAGACGUACAAGGCGUUCCGCGCGCUCCAGGACAAUGAGUUCCUCAAUCUCGAGGUCACCACCCACCAGGAUCUCGGCCGGUCCACGUUUACUCAGCCAAACCUGGGCCGGGAUCUACUCAUGACGACGGACCCGGAGAACGUCAAGGCCCUACUCGCGACGCAGUUCAAGGACUUUGGCUUGGGGCCGAUGCGGUUGAAGAUCCUGGAGCCGCUUCUCGGGCUGGGCAUCUUUACGUCGGACGGCAAGGACUGGCAACAUUCCAGAGCCAUCCUGCGCCCUCAAUUUACCCGUACCCAAAUCUCCAAUCUCCACGUCGAAGAGAUCCACGUCCAGCAUCUUCUCAACCGGUUCGAGCACGGCGCCAACGGCUGGACCAAGGAUGUCAACCUCGUCCCCCUCUUCUUCAACCUGACGCUCGACUCCGCCACCGAGUUCCUCUUUGGCAAGAGUGUCAACACGCAGGUGCUCGGCGGUCCCCGCGCCGAGAGAACCACUACCGAGAAGGGAAGCGCCGACGAAAUCGAGGACUGGUCCUCCUUUGGCCGCUCGUUUGACAACGCCAACCAGACCAUGACGCAGCGCUUCCUCCUCAUGAACCUCUACUUCCUGCACAACCCGGCCUCGCUCCAGCAAUCCUGCGCCGAGGUGCGCCGCUUCGCCGACUACUACGUGCGGCGCGCCCUCGCGCGCUCCCCCGCCCUCGCCCAGGAGGAAGACGGCACCGACUACGUCUUCCUCAACGAGCUGGUCAAGGAGACGCGCGACCCGGACGUGCUCCGCAACCAGCUGCUCAACAUCCUCCUCGCCGGCCGCGACACCACGGCCGGCCUGCUCGGGUGGACCACGCUCCGGCUCGCCCGCCAGCCAGAGGUGUACGCCAAGCUGCGCGCCGCCGUGCUGGCCGCCUUUGGGCCCUAUUCGGCGUCGGACACGUCGCGCAUCACGUUCGAGUCCCUCAAGGCCUGCGCGUACAUGCAGCAUGUCCUGUCCGAGACGCUGCGCCUGCACCCCUCGGUGCCGACCAACUUCCGCCACGCGCUGCGCGACACCACGCUGCCCCGCGGCGGCGGCGACGACGGCCAGGCCCCCAUAUACAUCCGCGCCGGCUGCAACGUGCUGUACAGCACAAACGUCAUGCACCGCCGGCCGGAUCUCUGGGGGCCCGACGCCGACGAGUUCAAGCCGGAGCGCUGGGAGAAUAAAAAGUUCGGCUGGGAGUACCUGCCGUUCAACGGCGGGCCGCGCAUCUGCCUCGGCCAGCAGUUUGCCCUCACAGAGGCCGCGUACGUGCUCGUCCGCCUGGUGCAAAAGUACGACGCCAUGGAGAACCUGGACACGUCGCCGACCAUCAAGUCCAACCUAACCCUCACAUCGUCGCCAAUACAGACGCUGGUGAGGCUGCACGAGGCGUCCGACCGAGUUGAGUAA